AUGUCGAUUCUUUUUUUUUUGUUUGCAUUUCUAUUUCUCCGUUUCUUUUUUCCUUUUUCAUUCUGUUUCCAUGUUUUCUUUCUUUCUUUCUUUCUUUCUUGCUUGCUUAUUUUUAUCCACUUUCCUAGAUAUUUCGAUUCUUUUUUUCCUACUUUUAUUUCUCAGCUUCUUUUUCCUCUUUGCCGUUCUCUUCCCCAAUUUUUCUUCUUUCCGCCUUUUUUUCUUCCCUUUCUCUUUCUUUCUUUUUUCUUUCUUUCUUAUUCCUCUCCUCUUCCUCCGUCUUCUAUCUAUCUAUCUCUGUCUGUCCAUUAUCUCUCUAUCUAUCUAUCUAUCUAUCUAUCUAUGUUUUUUGUUAUGGUCCAAAUUCUGUCAUCUAACCCUGCUCUUUUUUGUCGACGUUCAUUUUUUUUUUUUUUUUCUCACAAUCCUUCCACCUUGACAUCAGAUGAACGCUGCCACUCCAUUCUCGCGAUCUGUGUACCACGUGGUUGUCUCUUUUUACACGUGACUCACGCUCCCUCGCUGAUGAGAGUGAUUAAUACAUCCGGUGAACACAUGGUAAGGACUGAGAGUAAGCGGGAGGAAGGGGAGGGGAAAGAAGAAUAG